AUGGCUAAGAACAAGGGAAACAAGGCGCCCAAGUCGCGGCCCGUUUCCACCUCUUCGCUCUCGCAACCGGUGCAUGGGAGCACAAAUGACAAUGUAACCGCGUUUUCGCGCGAUGCCAGCUACUUUGCGCAGCUCUCCCAGGCCGUGGAUCGUGUGCGAUUGCGUGUCUAUGCACCACAGACGGCAGGCGUCGUCGCUGACUAUUUGCUGCCCGAGUCGCUAGGAUGUCGCACAAUGGCGUGGGUCCUGCUGAGUGCUCCGCGCGACAAGUCGGACAGUGCCUCUUCGAAGAAACGCAAGGCUCAUGGCAAGGCAGAGACCAAGAGCGACGCCGCUAGUGCCGCGCCAUCAUGGCAUGUGGCGCUAGGUAUGUCGGACGGGACCGUCCUGCUGUAUUCGCCGACGACGGCUCGUGUCAUUGCUAUGUUGGUGGCUUCUACGCCCGACAGUACGUCCGCGGCUGUGGUGUCCCUUUCGUCGGACAUACAGCAUCUCUGGGGUGCUACGGCCAAUGGCUGGGUUCAUGGCUGGGACUUGUCCAAGAUGUCGCUCUCAUCCUCGCGGGAGCGCAUGCCGCCUACGACGCACUUUUUACCUGAUAGCAAGACGCCUACGACUAUGGUCACAUGUGGCCCUGCUGGGCGAUUGCUCACGGCGCAUCACGCUGCGACGGUCUAUGCGUUGGACACUGAUCGUCCUUCGCCUGUGACGCACUUUUCGGGCCAUGCAACACCGAUCACUCAUCUCGCAUGGGCUGGAGAGCAUGGCUUUGUGAGUGCAGCGGCGGAGGACCGCCACUUGUACUACUGGGCCCUGCCGUCUGACACCUCUUCGACCAGCGUGGGACAAGCUCGCGCGAUGCUCACGUUGGACGCGCCAGCGCGGCGUCUACUUACGUGGCAAGAGCCCAAGGCAGGCUGGCAUCUGCUGGUGGUCUCUGAGCUAGGCACAGCGCAAGUGUACAGACUGCCGCAAGAUGUGUCCAAGACGCAAAAAGGUCUAGCGCCCUUGCCAGUGGUUGCGCGUGUGCACAUGUCUACGCCCGUGUCCGACAUGGCCGAUGCAGAGCGCACUGAAGACGGAGAGCGUCUGCGCAUUGCGCGCAUUAUAAAGAGUGUCAAGGUCGUGUUAGACGACGCUUUACUGCAUGAAGAUGGCGUGCUACGCAGCACGAUUGAUGUGAAUACCAGCACAGCAGCUACGCCUAGCGCAGCUGCGUCGAAUGAGACACAGCGAUACAAGGAAGGGGCCUUGUCAGCCGGCUCUCGUGCUGAGCUUCCUCAGCAUGCAGCAGCUACGGCGGCGCUCCUUGGCACGGAAGGUGGGCGAUUGCCUGAGGAGCAGGAUGGUAUGGCGGAUCCUCAUGAUGACUUGCUGCAGCAGGGAGAUGUGGUGGACGAGCCGACCUUGGCACAGCGACUCAAGGCGCUCAAAGUUCAGCGUGGUGAGCGCCAGACGGCGGGGGACGCUGACGAGGCUGACGAUGGCGACGAUGACAUGGCCGUGGCGCCUGUGGGUGGUGCUUCGCUGGCCUCGUCGCUGACGCAAGCGCUGCAUUCCGGGGAUCACUCGCUCUUGACAUCAUGCUUGGUCCAUUCGGACCCUACGUUGAUCCGCACGACGGUGCGCCGCAUUUCGGGUCCAUUGGCCGUGCGUCUAUUGGAAGCCUGUGUAGACCGCUUGAACCGCGGUGGUGUGAAGAGCAAGGGUGCACUGGGUAGUGCGCGUGCUCGUGGUAUUGUGGAAUGGAUCCAUCAAACGCUGACCUACCAUACGGCCUACCUCAUGUCGUUGCCGAACCUGGUCACGCGUCUCUCGCAGCUGCAUCACAGUUUAGCUACCCGAUUGGCGUCGUACGAGCGUCUUUUGGCGCUCAAGGGACGUAUGGAGUUGGUCAUGAGUCAAAUUGAUAUGCAUAUGUCGUACACGGCCGACGAAGCGCAGAUGCAAGUGCAAGGCCAAAAGGUCGGGCCGCGCUCGACUGCCUCAGAGUUGGAACAGAAGCAGGCGGCCAUGUCGCAGCGCCAGCAGGGCGAGACGUGGGUCGAAGCUGACGAGGACGAUGUGGAAGACAUUGGCCUUAGCGCCGGCGACGAUAUGGCUGCGGACGAUGAUGUGGAGGCGUUGGAUGACGACGACGACGACGUGGGCGAGAUGGACGAAGAUGAUCUCGAGGACGACGACGACGACGACGAUGAUGUAGAGGACGAGGCGCCUUUGGACGACGAUGAUAGCGAUGUGUCCGUUGACGACUCCGAGUUGGACGACGACGAUGAUGACGACGACGAUGACGACUCGGACGACGACUCGGACGACGACAUGGACGAAUAG